GUCUGGAACAGGGCGAGUGACGCGAGUCGCAACUAGCAAAGGAACUAAGGUAGAGGAAUGGUGGGCGUUCCCGGGCGGUCCAAAAGUUGCGGGACGUGCAGGAGGAGGAAGAAGGGGAAAAGUAACCACAAGUUUUAAUUGAAUGAUGAGCCGAUAGUGUGACCGGAAACGCCCUUCUUGCAGCCAGUGUCUCCAGAAGGGGUUCAAGUGCGAUGGCUAUGGCCGCGAGACCAUCUUUCUGAAUACAACAUCAUCGGGAAAGGUUCAGCAGUACCACGUCAAAUGCCCUGCUAAGGAUACUACAGUUCCCAAUUCCAACCCCACCGAGGCCCUUGCCUGUGCGGCCUACGAGGAAUUCUACCUCGGUGCCUUCUGGCACAGGUACCUUCCCGAAUCCCGCGAGUUUCCCUCAUGCGCGAUGCCCUACACCAACGGCGGCUGGACGGUCGCCGUGCCAAAGCUGUACAACUCCUCGCCUGUGAUCCGAAGGAUCAUGCUUGCCGUGUGUCGGACUAUGGAGGGACAGGCGUCGGGGAGGGAGAGGGAUAGGGAGGAGGGCUUGAGGUAUUACACCUCAUCUCUUUCGACGAUGGCGGGGGCGCUGAGGAAUCCAGGGAAGGUGGAUCAUGCGGUGCUUGUCGUUGCGGCGAGGCUGUUUAGUAUGUAUGAGGUUCAUUGCGGCCACAACUCCCUUGACCUGCUGGCCCAAGCAGAAAACUGGCGGAAGCAUAUCCAAGGCGAACUCGCCCUCAUCAUGAGUCGGCCGCCUGAAACUUACGCUUCGGGGUACCUGCAUCAGUUAUGGGUUGACGGGAGGCUUCAUCUUGCAAGCUGCUUCCUACAGAUGCGGAAGAGGGCACCCAUGAGUGACCGUGACUGGAUGACCAUCCCCUGGCAAACGAUCCCCAAGACACCAAAGGAUCUCCUAGUCGACAUUCUCAUUGCGACAACCGGACUUCUUGAGGACUAUGACAUCCUAGGAGCACAAAAAGACCCCAAUCUGUACGAAGCUCUCCGUCAAGAGCUGGUCCAAACCUGCUGGCGACUGGACGCCGAGCUUGCCCUCUGGGUCAACACAGCCCACUUCGGGGACGCCAACCGCGCGCUAGAAGUCUUGAAUGCACCCUUCUCCAUAGACGUACUUGCCGCGGCGCACAUCAUGUCUAUAUACUGGUGCGCCUGCAUCGUUACGUACAGCACCCUCCGCGAUCUCCUCUCUCCAUCUGAAAUUGCACGGCUGCCGCCAUAUACGGACCCACGGACCUACUUUCGAAGCAUAGCAGACGUCGUGACGGUCAUGCUGCAUCCGUCGUCGGGCAUCUUCGGCGCACAACUGACCUACUUCCCAGCGGUCAUUGUGAUGGCUUACAUCAGGCCUGUAGGGGGCGGCGACGAGGCAGAGGCAAUCAUCUUUAAUGCAUAUAGGAGAGCUGGUAAAGAUGAAAUCGUGGAAUCAUUCUUGACUAGUUUGAGGGAGCAGGAGAUGUCACGGUCGUCAGGGACUCUGGGCUUAGCCCCUUUGAAAUGAGGGUUGGGACUUGGGACAUGAGUUCAUUCAAACCCCCCCGCGACCACCAGCAAAUGAGCCAUCGACUCAGCUGUUCCAAUUCUCCGAGACAAAGAUCAUGUCCACAGUCCUAGGCUCUCCGAUGGAGCUAUGCCUACUAACGUCUGGUGCCCACGCUUUAUGUUUAUAUACGUAAGUGACCGUGGAGUUGCUAGAAGUCCCGUACUUGGUGUACUUCGUGCCCCGCUGCCUAAUGCCCAGAAUCUGGGCGUUGGACACGCCGACGGUGCUGCCUGAGAUGAUGCUGACGGCUGGCGCCGGUGAAGGUGAUUGAGCUAAAGUUGGCUAGGGGCAUGAGCGUGCUGUUGGACUUAAAGUCCUCUAUAAUUUACUUGGUGUUGGAGUAUAGCUUGGCGUUGGUAUUAUGUAAUAUAGAUAUCGCCUGCCGGAG